CGCACACAUCUGUUGAAGGAGGACGGACAUUUUCUCGCGCCUCGUAGAAACCAAUAUUUCGGAGGAAAAAAGGCGAGCAUUGUCGUGGGAGAAGCGCCUUUAAAGAAGAAAGAAGAAAAAUGACCGACGUUUAAAUGGACUGUGUCAGAGUUUAUACCUGUUUAUUCUAGAAGUUAGGUGGAAACCAGCUUCACAAGCCGACUCAAAGAUGUCGGACGAGGCUGCGAGGAAGGAAGCCUGCCGAGAGUACCAGUCGUCUCUGGAAGACUUGACUUUCAACAGCAAACCACACAUCAACAUGCUGACCAUCCUAGCCGAAGAGAAUCUACAGUUCACCAAGGAUAUCGUCGCAAUAAUUGAAGCGCAAAUUGCCAAGGCACCUCCUGCUGAGAAGCUUCCUGUUUUGUACUUAGUGGAUUCCAUAGUGAAGAAUGUUGGAGGAGAGUACCUUGAAGUGUUUGCUAAAAACCUAGUCACUUCCUUUAUAUGUGUUUUUGAGAAGGUGGAUGAGAACACUAGAAAAAGUCUCUUCAAAUUGCGUUCCACCUGGGAUGAAAUUUUCCCCUUGAAGAAGCUGUAUUCGUUAGAUGUUCGUGUGAAUGCUCUUGAUCCUGCUUGGCCCAUUAAGCCUUUGCCACCAAAUGUGAAUGCCAGCAUCCAUGUCAAUCCCAAAUUUUUAAAGCCGACUGAAGAAGUAGCAUCUGCGCGGGUCAUUACACCCCAGCCACAGGUUCAUCCCACAGUGGUUGAGAAGAGCUUGACAAAGGAACAGAUAAUAAGGCAACAGUUGCUUGCUAAGCAAAAGCAAUUGCUAGAGCUUCAGCAGAAGAAGAUAGAACUUGAGCUUGAACAAACAAAAGCCCAACUGGCUGCCAGUACAAACCACCCACCUGUCAAUGCUCAGGUCCAGUUUGAUCCUGUUCCAGCUGUCAGCCAACCAGGUCCUACAUCACACAACAAAUCAUGGCCUUCAGCAGCAGCAGAAAAGAUGUCAACCAGAGAUCCAAGAUUAAACAGAGCUACUGCUACAUCGAUAAAUACCAAGGAGCAAGGGACAUACAAAAAGGAGAGCCAAAUCACACUAAGUGUUAAUACAGUUGACAAAAGACCUGUAUCCACAGAAAGACCAAGUAAGCUAAUGAGGAUACCGAAAAAAGAUCUCUCUGCAACUGAGGAAAAAGCGAAAUCCAAAUCAGUGUCACCAUCAAGCAAAGGCAUCCUUAAUAAAAAUAAAGAUUUUGAACUCGAACACACAAAGACAUCCGAUGUUAAUAAAAAAGACCCAAGGUUGCGGAAGCAGAUGCAUGAAAAGGCUGACCCAAAAGAGGAUGACAUGAAGGAGAAGAAAAGAUCUGAGAAAAAAGAAAGGGAUGAUGCUCCUAAAGGCACUGAACAGCAGAGAUCCACAAACUCUAGAGGCAAACUUGUAAAUGGGUCUCUGAAUAAGCAUGAAAGACUUGAGACUUUUCAGAAACAAGAGAUUAAAGUGAAUAAAGCUAAUCUCAGGAAAAGAUCUCGGUCCAGAUCUCGUUCACCAACUGCACACUCUCCCAAAAGAAAAGAGAGGCGAUCUCCAAAGCGAAGAACAAGGAGCAUCACUCCACCUUCCAAAUCUGGAAAGGGUAGGCAGUUAAGCAAACAUCCACACAGUGAAGACACUAUCCAACAAUCAAAUGUCAGAGAGGACCGAAGUACACCUAAGAAGAGUGUUGCUGAACAAAGGCGGUUAAAAAGACCACUGGACGAUAGACCUCUUGAGCAGAGAGCAUCACCUGCAGAGCAUAAGAGUACAAAAGAUGGCAAGAAAUGGAGAAGUGGAUGGGAAGAAAACAAACUUCUUAAACAAUCUGAGCCAGAUCUUUUGCAUGGCAAACCUGGACCUCCAAGGCAUAAAACUUGGAGCAAUCAAAGACCUGCCACACCACGAACACCGAAACAGCACCGGCUAAGUGUUGAUGCCAACUUGCAAAUACCAGAAGUGCUUAAUUCUGCCAACAAAAGAGAUCUUUUACGAAAGGCUAGCCAGAGAUUGGCUAAUGGAGAGCUAUCACAUGAUGACUUCCUCAAUGUGGCCCAUCAAAUCAAGCAGCUUUUUCAAUAUCAAGAAGAAAGACAGCGUUCUGAUUCAUGGGAAGGAUCAAGUGAUGAUGGUUCAUACACAUCAAAAAGACCAUCUCAUGGACAGAUGUCUGAUGCUGAGCUUUCUUACUUUGAGCACAAAUCUAAGCUGAGAAGAACCCAGCUGCAGCGUCCAGUUCACCAGAACCCACCUCUGAGUGAAAACAUGCUUCAUCACAGGCCUCAACAUGAGGAAGAUGAUCUACUUGGCGAGAUCUCAGAUGCACACAAAAAGAGCAGCGAUACCCUUAAACCAUUCUCAGGGCAUGAUGAUCCUAGAAGAAAUGACAGACCACCAUCACGAACAGGACCUGUUAUCAGAAAUUCCCAAAGUCCAGUAAACUGUGAUGGAAUCUCUGGGAAAUCUCCUGCUGCGCCAUUUGAAGGGUCAUCACCACCCAUGGAAAUGGAGCCGUUUGAUGAGGGAGAGAUUACUCCCAGGUUUGAAAGUCCUAACAGUGUUCACUCUGGCACAGGACCAGACAGUGAAGGUCCACUAAGUUUAGAAACUCCUUUAAGGCAUGAUAUGAUCUCAGGACCAGGAAGAAGUGGGCGGACCCUUGUUGAAUCUCCUGGGCACACACCGCCUCACUCUUCUGAAGGGCCUAACACGCAGACGAAUAUUCUAAAGCAUGAUGGAAUGACCAUCCCACCACGAUUUGAUGGACACAAGAGUUCCCAUCCUUCAUUUGAAGGGCCACAUGGCCACAUGGUACAGCCAAGACCUGAUGGUCUUGGUAGACCUCAUCCUCCUGGAAGAUAUGAGGGAAAUACAGGUCCAGGAAGAUACGAUGGACCCGGUGGUCAUGUACCCUCUAGGUACGAUGGACAUGGUCGGUAUGACACCCAUGCACCAAACAGGUUUGAAAGACCCCCACUAUUGAAAGGCCCUGGAAGGUAUGAUAACCAGCCUGUGGCACAUGUGCCAGGGAGAUAUGGGGAGCCUCAUGGUGUCGGAAGAUUUGAUGGACCUGGAACAGGUCGUUUUGAUGGUCCAGUGGGACAUCAAGGUCCUGGAAGAUUUGGUCCAGGGCCAAUGCGUUUUGAUAAUCCAGCGCAGGCAAAUAGAUUUGAUGGCCCCACAAGGUUUGAUAGUCCUCACAUACCACCAGGCCCACCUGGAGGAUUUGAUGGCCCAAUGAGGUAUCCUGCUGGGCCGGGCAAUUUUGAGGGGCGGAGACUUGAAGGGCCAGGGAAUCAGACUGGCAUAAUGCGCUUUGACACUCCAGUACAGCCAACACCCAUGAGAUUUGAUGGGCAGCCUCCUGGCAUGACAAGAUUCGACACGCCACAGGGUCCUCCAAGAUACUGUGGACCUCCAGAUAUGCAAAAUGCUUUGAGACUACAAGGGCAGACCAUGUUUGAUCAGCCACAGAGUCAAGCCCCAGUAUUAAAUCCGGGUGUCCCAACACCUAAUUUCAACAUGGCACCACCAAACGCAUUUGGUGGUCAACCACAACCAUUUCACAUCCAACCAAAUGUCUCACACGUAUCAAACUUUAAUGUACCAGCCUCCGCACCUUCAGGAUUUCAGAAUUCAUACAGGCCAGUUACUCCGUUUUCUGGUGCUGGAAACCCCCCUCAGCCUAUGGCCAUGUUGCCUGCUCAGACCAUCAUACAAGCAAACCCAGUGCCUUUUAAUCCUCCCAGUUCCCAGUUUGUACAGCCUGAGAGUCAUCUGGGCCAAAUGGAUGUUAAUGAUCUGUUGGCCAAACUGAUAUCCAGUGGAAUUAUCAAACCAACACAAACAGACUCGAGCAGUGAAUCCACAUCAGCGCCGCAGUCUCAGAGUGUACCAGAAGAGGAGGAACCAGAAGAAGAGGAACAAGAGGAAGAUGAAAAUCUCCCUGAUCUGACUAGCUUCGCUUUAGAUGACAUGAAACAGAGACAUGAAUGUGUCAUCACUAAACUAUACACUGGAAUCCAGUGCUAUUCCUGUGGGAUGCGCUUUACCGCUUCUCAGACUGAUGUUUAUGCAGAUCACUUGGAUUGGCACUACAGACAAAAUCGUUCUGAGAAAGAUAUCAGUAAGAAAGUGACACAUCGGCGUUGGUACUACAGUCUGACGGACUGGAUUGAAUUUGAAGAAAUUGCUGAUCUUGAGGAAAGGGCAAAAAGUCAGUUCUUCGAAAAAGUCCAUGAAGAAGUUGUACAGAAAACCCAGGAAGCAGCAAAAGAGAGGGAAUUCCAGAGUGUUAAGGCUGCCCCAGAUGUUGUUGAUGAAUCCUGUGAGAUAUGCCAAGAGCAGUUUGAGAUGUACUGGGAGGAAGAAGAGGAGGAAUGGCACCUGAAAAAUGCCAUGAGAGUUGAUGGAAAGACAUAUCACCCGUCAUGUUAUGAAGACUACAAAAAUACAUCUUCCUUUAUGGAUUGCACACCAUCGCCCAAUAAGAUGCUCACUGAAAAUCCUUUAAAUGUUUUCUUAAAACAAGAAAGGGAAGGUGAGGCAUCAUGCUCCAGUAUUAAAGAAGAGCCAGCUGAGGAAAACACAGAUACCGUAACGGUAAAAGAGGAGGUUCAGGUGAAGUUGGAAGGAGAGUCACAAACAACUAGUGCAAUUAUUUUUUAAACAGUGCUGCUUUAACACCUCCUCAUUUUGUGGUUACUUAAGUUGUGCUUUGAGGAAAAAUAUUUUUAUAUAGAACAGCACUGAGGCAGGGUCCUCAGCUAUGCAUACAAUAAAUACAUUUUUGUAUUUGCAAUUGCCUGCUUAUUCCAGGUGUUUUUUGCUGAAUGCCCUUUGACAUGUAAAAGAUGUAUGAUGGGGAAAAUGUGUGUACAGUUUAAUUUAUAAAUAAAGAAAUAUUUUUGGUAUUCUUUGUGUAAUAUUGAUAAACAAGGCUUUGGAUUUAAAUUCUUCAAGAAUUUUCUUUUCUUCAAUGAGACAUUUGUACAGAUUUUUGAGGAAUGGACAACAACUAAAUAAUUUAUAAAGGACACAUGGGUUUUUCUACAGUGCCUCAUUUCAGUAGAGAGAAGUUCCUUCAAGGCAGAGGGUUUAAUUUAUUAAUGAUAGAAUUUACUAAGGAUGAGGAAUAAUCUUACUUUUUCUUCCUGAAUCUUAAUUAUGUAAAUACAUGUCAGAAACCCACUGCAUUUACUAAUGUGUUUGGUUCUAAUUAAUAAAAUGUUUAGUUUAAAACAAAAAAACUUUUUUUUCAGAGGUUUAAAGGGCAGUUUGCUGGAGAUACUGAAUAUUCAAUAAAAUGAAAGUAAAA